AUGGACACAGAUUCUCUCCAACAACAACUAUAACUCAUUUACUAAACAUUUAGUCUUGAUUAAUCAACAUUCAAAUUAAUGUAAGAAAUGACAAAUAACUAUAUUUUAAAUAAUAAAACGAAUGAUUAUAUAGUCAUUCCAAGAUUGGCUUUGUGGUUGGCUUCAAAAUAAUAGUAAAUAGUUGCAAUAGACGGUUCUAUUGUGUAUGGUUCAGGGAUAUCCUUAAAUUCCAUUAUAAAUGAUUGUUAAAAUAAAGGAAUCACUAAUAUUGAUUAAUUAAUUGAUGUAGCUAUUAACAUGGUUACAGAUUUAAAAGUUGAUUAAACAUGUUAAAAGACAUUAACUCUCUUGAAACAUAACAAUUAAAUCCUAAAUAUGUUUUAUUAAAAAAUGGAGGCACUUUUACUUCAUUUCAAAAUGAAUGAUUAAAACAUUCUUAUUAAAAAUAUCACUUGGCUCCUAUUUUUGAUUACAAAAAGUAAAUAUCAGCAAUAUUCAAUUAGAAUCUUUAAAUUUACAAGACGUUGUCCAAUCUACAUGCAUACUGAUAUCAAUUCUAACCACUAUACUUAGUUAAUUAUUGAAUAUUUACACAACAACAAAUAAAAUACUCUCAGAAAUAAAGAAAUAAGCAAAUGGAGAAGAUGAGUAAUAAUAACAAAUUUAAUAAUUUCUAAUCAAUCAAUUCAAAAUUUAAGACUUAGAUCUAUUCUCUUCAAUCAAUUUAUAAGUCAAAUAACAAUAUGCUGAAUUAAUAAAAUAGAAUGUAAUUAAAUAAUUAAAGAGCAAUUCAGGGUUCUCCAUUUUCAUGAUAAGCAUUAUCAAUUCAAAUUAAUACAAAUUGGAUUAAUAAUAUAAACAACUCCUCAAAUCGGAUGAAUUUGAUGAAAGAUUGCUCAUUCCUGAUAGAUAAAAAAAUUUAACACCUAAGAAAUUAACUCCAAAUCUAAAUAGUCUAAAAUCAAAUAAUAUUAAAUAAUUGGCUAUGUAAUGCAAAUAUGAUUAAAGUAGAGAAUUAUAAACAUCAUAAUAAUAAUAAUAAAAUAGAUAUUAAAAAUUGUUAAAUUAUGAAUUAGAUACUAAAAUUACACUCACAACAAAUUUAAGAGAAAUUAAAUUACCAUAAACUGUUUUAAUGUCUCCUUAUGCUUAAUAAUCAAUAGUAGCCACACCAAUGACUGAAGCAAUGGAAAUGUACAAUUGGAUACAUGAAAAAUAAUAACCUUUCAAAAAACUAUUUAAGAAUGGAACUUUAAAUGUAAAUUCAUUAUUAUCCCAAACUCCUCAAACAUUCUAAAAUCUGUAAAACCAAACUAAAUAUUUUGAUUUAAUUGACAAAACAUUUAAUGAAUGUAUAUAGUAUUGUUAAGAGAGUAAUCUUAUUGAUGAAAAUAAAUCAAAAACUAAUUAAUAUUGGACUUUAUAUAUGUUAAUGUUAGAGAAAUCCAAUUUCUAAAUUGAUGAAUAAAUGCUCAAAAGUUUAAUUUGUUUUUGUAUAGAAUGUGUUUAUUUUGUUUUAAACAAAUAAUCACAACUCUUAGAUCAAUUAAUGUAAAAAUGUGAAAUUUAACAUUAUCAACUUUGGAAAUGGCUAGAUUUCUUCUUAAAUUAAUUUGAUACAAAAGUUCCACAUUAACUUAAAGAACAUAUAUUAGAUAUUGAAGUUAAAUUUGUAUCCUAUUCUAUUUGGUCUUGUGAUAGUCAAUCUGAAUUGAUCAAAUUUCUUAAUGAAAUUCAUUUAAGCAGAUACUAAUAAAAUAAUAAUUAAAUGAAUCGAUUAUUCAAAAGAGUAUUACAUUAUUGUGCAUUUCAAAUUUAAGUUAUUUGUAGUAACAUUAAGUUAUAAGAAUAAUUAUAAGAGUAUAUUUGGAUUACCAUUAAAUAUAUUAUCAGUGAAAAAACUGAUCAUUUAAGACAUCACUCAUUAGAUUAAGUUGUUUUGGCUAGUAUUUAUGCUGUAACUAAGUUAACUGGAAACUAAUUAAAAUUUUAAUAAAUUAUCAAUGCCUAUGAACUCACUAAUACAUGGUAUUCAAAAUAGUUUAUAAAAAAGAUUGUUUGCAAUACAUAUAUUUCUAAUGAUAGUAUGGGUAUGUAUUUAAUUGACAUUCUUAGGUGAUAUUGUUUCCUAUUAUAACUAGAGUUUUAUUCCAUAAAUUAAAUCAUUUAUGUUACAAAUGUCUAAUGAAAUUAAAUCAAACAGUGUCCCACAAUCACCAAUGAACAAUAAAAAUCCUGCUUUGAAUAAUAAGAUAUUAGAUUCGCCUUUAAGGGAUAUUCUACCAAGAUAAUAGAAUUUUACAUCAAAUUUACAAUCCUAGCAUGCUGGUUUGAUGACACCUGCAACUUAAUUGUUAUAUGCAUAUUAAGAAUCUCCUCUCUUAAAAUAAUAGGUUAAACCAUAAUAAUUGCCAAUUUCAAAAGAAAAUGUUUACAACAAUUCGAAUAUCAAUAAUAAAAUUGAUUACAGCUAGGAGACUCAAGAUUUUAUAUUAAAAAAAUGUAUAUUUUAAUUUAAUAUUUGUAGUUGAAUAAUUAAAGAAUAAUAAGAGUAAACAAAUCAAUAGCAAAACUAGUUUUUCUAUUUUACAAUAGGGAACCCCUAAAAUUAUAAAUAGUAGCAGAACAAAUAAUAGUGCAAUGUUAUAACAUAAUUAAACUCAAAAUAGUUAAUAAUCAAAUGAAUAAAACUCAACAUUUUGCAAACUUUUAAACUUUGAAUAAUAAUGA